AUGGCAAACCAAACCGCAGUCAUCCUGAUCGAUCCCUACAAUGACUUCCUCCACCCCAAUGGGAAACUAAACCCGCGUCUCGCCGAAAGCAUCGCUGCCACGGGAACCAUCGAGCAUUUGAAAGAAGUUGUCGCGACUGCCCGCAAGAACAAAAUCCCCAUUUACUACUGCCUCCACGUCCAGACGGACAAAUACUCGUUUGAAGGGUGGCACAUGAUGAACUGGUCCCUUACGUCACUCAAAGAGAACUUGGUCUUUGAGAAGGGCUCCUGGGGUGCCGGGAUCUAUGAAGGCUUGGAGCCGGAUCCGGAGAACGGGGACGUCGUCGUCUCGCAACAUAUCAAUUCAAGUUCUUUCCAAAACACCGACUUGGACUAUCAGCUUCGACAGCGGGGGAUCCGUAACUUGGUCCUGGCGGGUCUCGUCUCCAAUACGUGCAUCGAAGCAACGGCACGAUACGGAUAUGAACUUGGAUACGAUCUAACUAUGCUGUCGGAUGGGACCGCCGGGUUCAGCACAGAGCAGAAGGACGCAGCCACCAACUUGAUCUGGCCACUGUUUGCAAACAGGGUUUUGACUGUCGAGCAGCCUGAAUGCCUCCGAUGUGUCUCCCGGGGCAUCAGAUGCAGCGGACCCAACACUGCCCGCAUCUACGUCCACCGGAACGCCGCGAACAUGCGCACACAAUCUCACCGUGGUGCUCUGAGGAUUGCCAUGCAGCGGCGAACUGCCCAUGCUCAAUCAGAUCUAGAUCCUGAGACACAGGAGGCCGUGACGGUGGCUUCUUCCACCACUCUGGAGGUGAUUCAGAGACUUCUGCAACGCACCCGAGCGUCACUGCUACGAGCCACGACGUCUCUGACAGCACUUCCUGAAGAACUCUUCUACUCAACUCUUCUGGAUGCAUUUCAACCGAAGGAUCACACGGGCCUCUUCAGCGGCGACCGAAUACCGUCAUCGCCGACCGAGGGGGAUUGCUCGAGCGUAGCUGUCUGUAUCCGUUCUUUGCUGCCCCUCGCGCGACGAUCCGAGCGGCAUAUCCUGGACAAGUCCAUAUUCUGUCUUCUGACCAUGUAUUUGAGCCUCUUGGUCAAGGAUCCGAGGCUCACAGAAAUGGCUCGGGCGGCCUACACAUCGGCAGUUCAAGAGUUCCGCCUUUUCAUCGGAUCUCGAUUCGCUGCCAACCUGGCUCAUCCGGAGACGAGCUAUUGUCAGCUUUUCCUCGCUCUCUCGACAACGCUGCAGCUGUUCGAGUACGUGAAUGAUUUAGGUAAAACUCGGUGGGGCUUCCUCACUCAUUACGAGGGAAUGCUCCAACUGCUCCAGAUCUCCGGACCUGACGUAUACCAAUCACCUCAUCUGCUGCAGUCCUUCUCAGGACUUCGAGGAAUAAUUAUAUUCAUCACCUUGCAGAAGCGGCGACCCAGCGUCCUGUCCGAGCCUCAGUGGAUAUACAGACCGUUCUUUUGCCGCCCAAAGACGAGGAGGGAAAUCCUCCACGAUAUCGCCCUGGGAAUUCCCACGCUCUUACAUCGCGCCGACGACCUGAUCCCGAUGCUCGUGCAAAAUCCACAGGGAGACCAGAGUGGUCCAAGCGAUCUCUCGCACGAGUUGAGAAUAGCCCGUGGACUCGCUGCGGACUUUGCGAAGGUUAAGGCGGAUCUCGAAGCAUGGCUCCACAACCUGGAGCAAUCAUGCUCGCCGGACCCCAUCUACUGGAGCACAGACACCGUCGUGGACCAUCCCUAUUCCCACAGCGACCCGAUGUGUGUUCCGAGCUUUGAAGACCCCAAGUACCAGCUCAGAUUCCGAGACGGCCAGAAGGCCGGCGUGCUAAUCUGCUACUGGAGCUUCAUGCUCGAGUUGCUCAUGAGCUUGAUUGACGUGCAGACCGCUGUCGUCACCCUUGCUGCGUCGGGGGUCAACUCCGACGCAGAAGAUAUUAUCAACGCCGUGUGCGAAGACAUGGACGCCAACCGCGCCGCAGCAGACAACAGCGCCUUCCUGAUCCUGCAGUCAAUACCGUAUCUGAAUUGCUGUUUGGAAGGCGUCUUCGUGAUGCAGUCGCCGCUGAGCCUGGUUCAGAGAUACUUUGCUCGAUCAUGA